GAUCGGCAAAUGUUGAUUUGCACUGCUGCACUGUGUUCAAAACUGAAACUAUAUCAGCAGAAGAAUGUUGUUAAUAAAUCGAAAUUGUGAAGGGUGUGCUUGUGAGUUUUCGAACAUGAUUUACGUUUUGCUUUAUAAAUAGUUAAAUGUUAUUUAGCAUUCAUUAGUCUUAAGACUACUUCUAAUUAUGUAGGAUUUGUGUAUUAUAUAUUUUUAUUUCAACCGGUUAAUCUUGAUAUUUUCAAACUGUUUAUGUUUGUUGAAUAGAUACAAGUUUGCUUUUUAUAAGAAUUGAUUUUUUUUUUAAUAAAAGUUAAUUUUACAUGGUGUACGGAACUGUCAUCGUGUUCUCUUGGAGCUGAGAAAGAGAGAUUAACAAACAUUUUGGAGCCUUUUAUUAAUAUGGAGAUGAUUCAGACUGAAUCCGCAAAUGUGUUGCGGGAACUGAAUUUGUUUAAAUAUAUUUUCAUAAGCCAUUUGAAGUUAUCAUUUGGUAGGUAAAAUAAAUAACUUGUAAUGAUACGUGUAGCAUUUUCCAAAGAUAACAUCACAAGAAAAACAUGUGCCAUAUAUUUGUUUAUUCAAGCAGCAUAGCAUUGGCUUGUACAUAAUUCAGCCAAUAUUUUCUCUUUUAAAAAAUAGCAAGACAGGUUUGAUGAAAGUCCCUUGGUUGCGGAGCAUCUCCGAACGAAACAAUGUAGUGAAACAUCGUUCCCUUGGCAAGUACGUAUGGCAUUUCAUACGUGAUUAAGGAGUGGGUUAUGUGCCAUGGCUUCUGCAUCGAGCGUGGUCACGGUGAAGACAAAGCGUGGGGGCUACGGCCAGAGACGUUUGGGACCGGCACCGUUCGCAUCGUUUGAAGAUUUGAGCGAUGAUUUGGAGAGCCCGGAGGAAAAGUCGGUCGCCCCACAGCCACUGCCAGGGAUCAAGGAAGAUGUCAGGAUGGCGGCUGACGGAACAUUGAUGUCGCCAGAGUCGACAGCAAGCGGGAGUUUGGUGGGUGGCGGUGGGACAGGCAGCUUGCAGACGCCAUCCACACCUCGCAUUGAUAUAUCGCGAGCCAGUAGCUCUUCGCAUCACGACAGCAACAACAGUUCGCCGGAAAGGGAACUCUUUACAGGGACAGGUGAAGCUAGUGGUGGAGCGAAGCUGGGUCUUGGGUUCAAAGAGGAAGGUACUGCAGAUCUGCGCUCAAGCACAGAGGAAUUAGACUACCACGAGCCUGAGACUAAGCAAGAAAAGAUGCCUAACAAGAAACUACUUAAAUAUGAACUGGAAGCCCAGAGUGAGAAGGAAGCGAAAGAGCGUAAGGAUUCUGCAUGCAGUGACGUGGGAUUCUUGUCCAUUAGUGGUCGGACGAGCCGUUUGUCAUCCGUGGGAUCUGCCGCUUCCGGAGGUUCGGCCGCUUCCCACAUUUCCCAUCUUUCUGUUGUCUCGGGACUGUCCCGUGCUUCGAGCGGCCGCUCUCCUUCCCCUCACAAGAUGUUGCUCGAGACAUCUUUCUGUGGAAACAAGCCCAUCCCAUCACAGAGUGUGGACUUGGAAUCAUCUCCCAGCAAACACGAGACUGAGUCCUUGGAAAAGGUGCUGCUGAGCCGAAGCGUAGACCCGACUCGCGCUGCUGUCAUUCAGGACAAAGAACUGCAGAAGCCACUGUCGCUGAAUCUUUCUGAAACAGGGAAGUCAACAAAGAAUGUGCAAAGUUUUUCUCAACUGGUGCAAAAUAAGCCAUUGGUUAGUAAAGCACCAGACUCUGUAAGUACGCAUUUUGUUCAGAGUAGACCAGUGACGCCUAGAGCUCCUGACAGCACAAGCAUCACACCAUCAGCCUCGCCCAAGUUGGCCAAACAUGCUAUCUUGAAGAAGAAAGAAGAGAGUGGGUCACGAACACCUUCUCCUUCCCUUUCACGCAAGAGCUCGUUCAGCAUUUUCAAGAAAAACGAAACAAUGGCCAGUCCGGAAUCUCCCACGGUUCCGCCAGGAAAACGGAAAUCUGGAAGUUUUACGACGAUUUUGAAAGAAGCUGGUGAGGGUUUGAGGGAUCGAAGUCGGUCUCGAAGCAAAAGUCGUGAAAGAGUUGUGCAGGUCGAGCAGAAAGUAGAUGUCAAAGGAAAGAAAGACAAUAAGAACAAAGGGGUGUUUUCAAAUCUGUUCAAGAAGAAAGAAAAGAAAAAAGGGACCAAAUCUGAAAGUGAAAAUAUUUCUCCCAAUGAAAUUUCAUCUCCAGAGUCUAAACUUCCAGCAGUUGAUCCAAUUAGCAAUGUAGAAUUUACCUUUGACGUGGACAACAUUCAACCUUCGGAAUUCGGAAUUAUAAGAAAAGAAAGCUUUCAAGAAGACCAUAAGAAUGUAUCAAAUGUCCAAGAACCACAAAAUGGUAUUCAGGAGAACUUGCUUCCUUCGGAGUCUGUCAUGCUACCAGCACCCAGUCAGUUGAUCAGUGAGUUGAGAACACCUGAACCUGUGGAACAUUCAGUUAACUUGUCUUUCCCAGUGGAAGAAGAGUUUCUAAAGCUGGAAAACCAGCCAACAGAUGCAGUAAUGCAGGAACACCUGUCUCUCAUUGACGAAGCUAGUAUGCAGGCGACCCCUUCAGCAAGCGAAGACGUGGAACAUCUCUCUUCAGAGUCGGAGCGGGACUCAGAAGUUGAAUAUUUGAGAGCCAAGGUGGAGGCGUUGAAGAAACAGGAACAAGACGAAGGAGAAGAAGAUGAUCAUGAGAGAAAAAGACUGGUUUUCCAACAGGACUCAUUCGAGGACGAGCUUCCUUACGUUCCGACCACGUUGCCGCAGGAACGGUCGGUAGCAGUGCCGAUAGUUCCCGUCAAGCAGAGGGUGUCGGACGUCCGCACGUGUCCCACAGAGAGACCACGGAGCACCACCCCCAUCAACCCAUCACUGUUAGAAGAGUACGUGCAGUGCAGUAGUGCCCCAGAUGAGUCCGACAAAGGUGUCGAGAAGAUUCGCAUCAGCCUCCCGCGAGAAGACUCCAUCGGUCGCAACAAACUGUCGCGCAGGGGCACCAUCACUGCCAAGUCGUGGGUGGAGUUCGCGGAGCACGGCCUGCAGAGUCCCCGGGAGUUCCGCAAGACCUCCCCCACGUCGCCCCCGCCACCGCUACCUCCCCGGGCACAGCCCACCCCGCCACUACCCAUCACCCCUCCCCCCAAGCCUUCCACCUGGAUCAACUUCGACGAGAUCCCAGAAAAGCGCAAGCCCGCCAAACGAAUUCAGACGAUUCCCUCGCGGGGUAGUGUUGAUCUUCCUGAGGCGUCAAAAGUACAAGUAGAGAGUAGUAAGUCUGUUGUGUAUAGUUACGUGAACCCGGAGGAUUGUAAGUGUGAGUGCCAUGAAGCUACAGCUGCGACCAAAACAACCGAGGGUAGUUUGAAGGGGGCCAGCUCUGCAGUACAGUGCUCUCAUCAGGGGACUUCUGUCACUCAGCAGAAUUCUUCAAACAGCGACGUGUUGUACGAUGACUACGCACAUCCCUACCUGGAGCCUGGAGUUGGUUACUCGGAAGGUUUGAAGCCUAUGAAACCAUUUGGAAUGGAUCUAGAUGUGUCUAGUAAUCGUAGCAGUAUUAUUUCACAGGAUGAACCUCAGUCUCCGGAAGCCAGUUCGCCGAUGUUCGCGACUCGUGCUCAACCCUAGUGAAGCUGCCUCAAUCAUCUUGCUUUCAUAAAGCAAUCAAGUUUAUCAAAAAAAAAUCACAGUUAUCUUCAGUGUAUUUAAACUUCAAUUUCAAGGAAUUUUAAGCUUACACUGAUGUGUCUUAUGUAAUUUUUUUUUUCGCUCAAAAUUUCUAGUUUUCUAACUUCAUUCUGUUUGUACUUAGUGCUUGAAGAUUUCUUUACCUAAGAAUGUUUUUGUACGAUAGAAACUUAAGUUACGUAUUUGUUUUAUUUAGGCACUGUGCAUGUGUAGCCACAUUCCACAGGGGAAAAAAAUGUAGUUUUAUAUCUGUUGACUUCCGAAGCGGUUUUUGUACACAUUUGAGUUUUUAAAAAAAAAAUGUAAAAAAAUCACUCAUUUUGCAUGUAAUAAAGUAAUAAAAGUUAUUGUUGUGUGUGCAACAUACUUGAUGUAAAUUUGUAUUACGCACUGUAUAGACAUGUUGACUAUGUGUUAGUGGAAAUGCUGCCAUUUUGUGCAGUCAGGGGUACCUAACGUUCCACACACACAGGCAUUCUCAACAUUUGUGCACCGCCGUGAAAACACGCAGGGUUUAGGGAUAGAUUGUGAAUAUGAGUAUUAAGGGUUAUGUUGAAUAAAAUUCUAUUAAGGUUCUUCCAGCCUCAUGUUGGGGUUAUUUUACUUUUGUUUAGCAGCAGUAUUUUUUUAGUACAAAUGCAUCGAAGCACGCUGUGCAUGAUAAUGUCUUUAAUCUCUUUGUCUUCAAUGUUGAGAAAGUUUAGGCAUAGUGGCAGAUUAAACUAACCAAUUUAUUUUUUAAAGUAAUAAAGUGGACUUUUUCUUAAGUUGAAAUAUGGAGUAUUUAUGGGCGGUUCAGAUUAUUUUUAUUAUAUUUUAUGUACAUAAAAUAUGUAUAUAUGUGUCUGUAGGUAUGUAUAUAUAUGUAUGCAUAAAUAUUUAUACACAGUAUUUGUAUUUAGUGAUAAUAUUUGUGAUCUUUAUUUUGUUUUUUAUAACUACUCAGGAAAAUAUCAUAUUAUUUCUUAAUCCUGAUCAAAAUUAGUCUGAGGUUUUCUCGUGUGAAAUAACUUCAGUUUCCGUUCAUAGUAAGGUUAUUUUACAAGUACCUGUAAUUCAACUGUCUGUGAGACCUAAACAUUGUGUAGCUUGACAUUUUCGUGUGCAACAGGGGGUAUAUGGUGGUAACCCUGAGAGAGGCUCGUAUGGGUCAGAUGUGGGAAGUAAAGGAGUUGUGCUUCACGUCAUCUCCUGCAGUAGUUACCAUGCCGAGUUGCUUGUUGCUGGGGUUGCCCGUCCACGUGGUUGGCCGGCUGCUUCUCUUGCUUUGAGUACAGUCGAACCGACCCCUUGUGCCCAGGCGCCCAGACGGGGCUGUCGAAUGGUGUUCUCGCACACACCAGACCUCGCAGCAGAGUCCUGUGUGGCGUGGAAGAGGUCACAGCUCCUCUUGGGAAGGUUGUAGGAGCGAUGACAUAGUGAAACCUCACUAAUGAAAACCCUGUUAAUGCAGAACACUCAUUAAUACAAAGCGUUUUCACAGUCCCUAGAAAUUACAUAAGGUUUAUAUUGCUAAGUAAAUAAUUGUUUAAUAAAAAAAAAGAAUGUUUAUUUGUAAUGCAAAGUUGUUCUAGUACCAAGGGUGAAAAAUAUCCGAGAUUAAAAUAAAUAAAAAAAAACAAUUUGAAGUUACACCUAAAAUAAUACUGAUGCCAUUGCUUUGGUUCGUUGUAGUUUGGGAAACGAGGCUUGGAAAUUGUAUUCUUCCAAAAUGAUGAUAGUAUGUAUGUCUUUUUGUUGGUUUUUUCUAAACCUUUGCUUUAUUAUUAUAUCUUGAAUCCUUUAAAGUCUGAUACAGUAAAAAAAAAAUUUUCAGCCACAGUGAAGCCAUCUUAAAAUUGUAAUUUGCAAUCCUUAAAAAAAUAUGUAAAUUUGGUGUGGUAUAAAAUUGUAUGUAAUAGUUUUGUUUAAAAAAAAAAAAACCAUUGUUACUGCAAAGUGGCAAAAUCAUAGUCCCUACAGGUUUGUAUUAUUGAGGUUUGACUAGAUGUUAUAGACCCAGCUUUCUCUAUGCGUCCAACACGGACAUUUUAGGUCAGUGUUAAAGAACUGGGGGUGGUUUGUAGUCAUACUAAUUUCCUAUGCUUUCACUGUAUAUCUUUUCAAAUAUGUUAGAUCUGCAGUUUUAAACUUUGUCACAUUAAUUUUACUUACCAAAUCAAAUAACAUGCACGCUGACUAAAGUGCUAUAAAUUAAGGUGUUCAAAAUAGUAGUAUAAAGGCCAGAAAAAAAGGAAUUACUAUUACAUUCUUGUAACAUUAGGCUAUGUGAAUUUACAAGUGGUACUAGAAAAAAAUUUCAUUAUCGCCGGGGCUUUAAGUUCAUUAUCAUAGUCCAAUUUUGUAGGGCACAUGCUUAGUUUAAUUUCAAUUAACAUUCCUUGAUUUUUGCAGCCUAAACCUUUGUUCUGCAAAAAAAAAUUAAAACAGGUAUACAAAGACUUUAACAGUUUCUUUGCUUUUAAAAGUUUACUACUGAUUAACUCAUUCACAGCUUGCAAAAGUAUCCAUAAAAAAACUUGAAAACUAAUUUGUGCAGAGGUAGUUCUUUGGCGGGGCUGAAAUGUCAGGGCGAAGGUGACUUACUUGGUAGUCCAAUGAGAGGGCAGGUGCCAAAUUCUCGUGCAUUUUAGAACACUAAACCAAUGUUGUGCCAUUCCGAGCACGCACCGAACCAAAGGCGUGUGAAGUCAGGCGCACACCCAAACUUGCGCCACUCUCUUCACAAAAAUAUCAAGACUGUUCUUCCAAACACUUGUCCGAAGUUCGCACAUAUUCGUAUUUAGCCGUGGACUACACUUUCAUGAACUGCACCCUCGCCAAAAGCCCAACUCUACUGCCACGCGUCUUGACGUGAAUUUACCCAGAGCUUUUACGCCAAUGACGUCAGUUUCCCUUAUGUCCCACCUCUAAUGGCAAUUAUAAUUACGUUUUUGUGUUAUAAUAGUCUUUAAACAAGUCCCAAAUAAAACUAAUAUUUAAAUAGCUUUAAUGUACUUAAAAAUCUUGAAUACAAUUAUAAAAAUAUAACUUAAACAUUUACCAACUUCAGUUCACUUUCCAACUACAGAAUAUCAAAAACACUUAGCUUAUAAUAAACUUUAAAAUUUACUGGCACUAAAAAUUACUUUCUUUUAAGAGUCUAAAAUUUGUACAUACCAGUCCAGCGCAUGCUGCUGACCAUGGGUCACAAGUUCAAGUGUAGGAAACACUGGUAACAAACUACAUUUCAUAGCAGGGAUUAAUGUUUUCAAGGAGUGGUGACAUGUUUGCCUCAAGGUUGUGGUGCCACGCUGGGUCUAUGGUGUACAUUUCGAUUGCUGGGUGCUAGCCGAUUGCAUCCAUGGGUGCUUUAACUUCCCCGUGCUAGUCUGGUGCAGGGUUGAACUAAAAUACGUUAGCUAUUUCAGUAGUUUGAGAGGGAUGUGGUGGUAAAGGAAUGGAAAAAAUGGCCCCAGAGUAAUAGCUAGGUUUAAGGUGGACUACCCUGAAGUAAGGUUAUCAAAUGAGAGUCGUGGGCAGCAUGCAGAUAGGUUCUUGAUGGUGGCUUACUCAUUUAACCAUGCAAGUAAUAGCAACAGCCUCCCUAACCCACCGACGACAAUCCCACCCGAGACGUUCAGCAUUCAGGACUUCAUUGCUGCAUGAGGAUCUUGCGACAGUUAAGGUUCUGCUUCCUCUGCCGUGCUGAUUAUUUAGUUCUUCGCUAAUUGCUAGUGACCGGAAAUAUUUACAGAUACAUUUAGUGAUGUGCUAAAAUUCAAAAAAUUAUUUUUUUUGUGCUGCUUCUGCUAUUGGUUCGCUGUUAAUCUAGAGGACGCUAAGCCAAUUAUAUAGACCCUGAAAUAUAGAAUUAUCAAAUCACAUGUUACCCAGUCUUAAGAAAGUGUGUUAGAAAUAAUGACAUGAAAAAGCAGUAUCCUGACAUUGCGGAAGAAGCAGAGUCUUAAUCGGACCAGAGAGGGAUGAGCUUUUCUUUUUACCACACUGUAGAUACAGUGUCUGCGAGCAACCAGAAGAUUCGAGGCUUGUGCUGGGAGUAAGUUUAGUAACGGGCGACUUAGACCAUGUGGGACCCUCGGGGAGGAACAGCCGCCCAAAGCGCCAGACGUACAUGACAGUCUUGAGUUACUCGUGUACCAACCACCACCUGGACAGUCCCGAGACCACCCUCUGUCCACGGGCUCGGCCGCAUCAUCUCGGGACAGUCAACGAUAGUGCACACAAUUGUGAGUUUGGGACGUGACAAACAGGGGUGAGAGGCCGUAACAGGAACAUCCUCAGCGCGGGUCUGUACUAGAGGUGGGUCGAAAAGUAUCAACCUGAUACUUUGUUACUGAUAUGUGCCUGUAUCAGUAAUGGCAAAUGAGUACACUUGAAAAGUAUCAAGUACUUUAGUAUCAGUUCAGAAUUCACCUGGAACAACACCACGGCCAAUGUGCGCAGAACCCGAUCGCAGAUGACGGUCACUUGGGCGGAGCUUGUGAAAGGGGAGGGAGCAGGAACGACGAAUAAGGGAUAAAGAAGGGAAAUAAUGUAGGGAAGGAAGCGCAGGGGAAGGCGUUGAAGGAGAGGCGCAAAGCGAAAUUGUUACGAGUCGUUUGGUUAUUGUCCCCAGGGCCGCAACUAGAGUCUCUGGUACCCGGGGCAUGAAUGGAUUCUUCCCCCCCCCCCCCCCCUAUUUUUUUUGCACAUACCACACCAAUAAAGCGGGGGGUCGGGGGCUCUCACACGGAAAAAUGGUGCUAUUUAAGCAUUUUCCAUACCUACCUGUAACAGUUUCUGUGCUACUGUAACUUCCAUGCAAAAACUUUUUACCAGUUACCAGUUGUAGUAGGAAUUACAAUGCAAGCGAUUUCGGCGCCCCCACAGAUUUGCGCCCGGGGCGUAUGCCCCGCUUGCCCCCCCCCCCCCCCCCCCCAUCCCCCCUAGUUGCGGCCUUGAUUGUCCCACAUCAAAGUACGCUCAGUGCGCAGUGCGUGCACAGUCUCGUUCAAUAAUAAAACUAAUGAAAUUUUAAUAUUAAAAAGUACAUUAAUACAAUAUAUAAUAUUUAUAUUUGUGCACCUAACAGCUAUGAAAAUGCAAAUAAAUUCUCAGUUGACACUAAUAACAGAUGUAAUCAACAUAUGGACUUUUUUUUUUCGAAAACAAUUAGUAACUAGUGUUUUCAUACAUUAAAAGAUUACGAUUUUAUCAAGAAAUAAAAAUUAAAAAAAACAGAUACGUACAUUAGUGAGCAUACUAUAUCAAUGUUUACGUUUCAAAUGUUUCUUCAGAUUAGUCAAUCAUGAUUUAUAACUCAGUUUUUGUUUACACAAAUUACAAUUAGCAAACUCAUUAUUUUCCGUAAAAAAAUUCCACACAAAUGAAGUCUUUUUCCUGCACUUAUCCAUUCCUUAUUUCACUAUAAAGAUACUAACUACAAAGCAUGACAGCCCGCAACAAUGUACAUGGUGGUAAUUAAUACACGGCCAGGACGAACUGCAGUGAAUGUUGAACUGAUUGAUACUGGCUGUAUCAGGCGGGCAUGAGAGUAACAGAGGUAGAGAAUUACCGGGCGUGAUGAAUAAUGUAUCAGAAACACCAAUACCUUUUUACGCUGGUGAUGACGGCACGGAGGAUGUGUACCCUGUAACGAGAAUGCUGAUACCUUGUCGCUUCCUGGGACCGCUACUGCUCUGAUACAAAAGUAUCAGAGACUUGUAACUAGGUACAUUACUGUAUCAGUAUCAGUUUGGAACAGAUACCAAAAAUUGCUGUAACAACCCACCUCUAGUCUGUACGGAAUCAAGUAGCAUUUCCUCGUUUCUUUGUAGCAGCGAUGCGUGCAUCUGACGAUCUCAUUGCAGAUAGACCGGUGUAGGGGGGUCGUAACUAGCGGGCGAAGAGCUUCCAACGUUGCUCGUGGAGUUGCGAGCAUCCCUCCUGCGUACCGACCAGCCUGCUUGCCUGAGGUGGGACGUGGUUGCUAGUGAGGCUGCUUGCUGGAUUGCUUAGUGAUGUGAGGCUCAAAGAUCUGCUCGAGCAAGAUCUGUCUCUGGUCUGGAAUUUGAAAAACUGGCAGUUGCUUUGGUUUGUUGUGGAGGGGGGGGGGGGGGGUAGGUCGUGCCAAUUCAGAGGAUUUGACUAUUAUGUUAUUCAAAUAUAUAGCAAUUACAGGGUUUGGCCCGUUAUUGAAAGUGAUUUGUUGCAACUUACUGUUCCAAUUCCAAAACAAAAUAAAUUAAACAUUUUAGGCCCACUUAUUUUACUAAGGAUAUGUGUAGUUUUAGGUAACUUUUUUGUUAACAUAUGCUAAUCAGGGAGAGGCAUAUAUGUAUUGUACCUGUUUUUUUUUUUGCAUUAUUUUAUUUUAUAUAAAGUUAAGUGUUAACAUGGUUGUUAAAAUUUUUAUUGUAGACAUUGCAUUGGCAGCAAAAAAGUUAGUCAUGCGUUCACGUGAACUAUGCUGCAUGUAAAUAAACAAGUAUUCAUCAAGUACAAAGUAGCCUGGCAGUUGAAAUUGUGUAAUCAAUGCACUGAAUUUUGUUAAGUGUUUGUGUGUGUGUGUGUUUGUUCUUUAUUCAUGUUUUAGGUUUAACGUUCUCAACUAUAUGUUUUGAAUUCUUUAUGAAAUAUUUUAUCAGAUGGCUGGAAAAGUUUUGAAUAUGUCAACAUGUGAUUGACAGUUGAUGUAAAUGCUGUCAUAAAGACUGGUUCAAAAAUAUAUGCACUACAAUCGUAGAAAAGCAAUUGCUCUUUUCCAUCUUUCACAUUGAAAGUUGUACUGUGACACCUGGAAUAUUUUAUACAAAAUUGUAACGUAUGUAUCUUAGUAGAUAAUAUAUGCCUGCUACGCGAAUGUUCUUUAAGUUGCUGCCCAAGCCACUGUAGGCAGAUUCACAUGUGUAUUUGUCAGAGCAUGUAAGUAUAGUCACCAAGCAUGGUUUGGGAAGUGGGGGAGGGAGGGGUGUAAUUAUUUUAUUUUAUUUAUGAAACAAUUGAAGUUCAGUACCUGAGACAAUUCCAGGCCAAUUUUAAUGCCUGUUUUGCAACUGCAUUCUUCCUUCGUACAAUAGCCCCUUCUGAAAAAUAUUUGACAGACACAUGGAUGUUAUGUAGGCUGUGCACAUGCAAUCAUUUUGGAAAUAGUUUGGCAUGCAACGUAUUGCAUGUAAAGAUUUUCUUUACAUAUAAAAACAUAGUUGGAACAUAUAAAAACAUAUUUAGAGUAUAAAAACAUAGUUGGAACAUAUAAAAACAUAUUUAGAGUGUAGGGAGUAUCUGUCGUGAAAACUCACAUAACAGUUCAUAUCAUAUUCAGUGCAAUAAAAUUGUUAGUGAACUAUUCAUGCAUCAGUUGUCUAUUGCGUGCACUUUAUUUUUUUUAAUCUACAAGUUUAUUCGUAUAUUCAUAUUCAUAAAUUUUUAGCACAAUCAGUAGGCAGUUUCCAGACCUUACUAAAUGACCAUGUGGCAAACAUUUCUCCCAGUCCUGUAUGCUUGAUACAGGCACCAUCUGCGAGUGCUGCGUUAUGUAUCCUGCAACUCUGUACUGUUGUGCUCGUAGCCUAAUGCCACGAAUCCAGGAAUUUUGCUAAAUAAACGCAAACAAUUUGUAACAAACAAACAAACAAACUGAAAAGAAAUCAAGUUAAAAUUGCUUUAUUAUCCAUUUGAGAGCUUGUUCAAAUUUUCAAGUCUCUAGCUCAUCGGGAAAUUAGUUUAAAAUUGAUUGCAAAAUUUGUACCAAACAGACAGACAAGAAAGCGAGUUAAUAAAUGUUUUAAGAUGGAUAACAGCACAAAUUUUACUAACAGAAGUCCCACAAUUUUUUUUUACUUUCCUUUUCAUUAGAAUUUUAAAAAAAAGGCUUGCCUAAUUUCAAGUAUCUUAAGAAGUUUGAAAUUAAUUCAUUUAAAAAUUUUAUUUUUGGCUGCCCAUAGUUACCUUGGUAUUAAAAAAAAAUUACAUCUUAGUAAAUCUGGUUUUUAUGUUCAGUUGGACACUAUGUUUAUUAUUUUCUGUUAUAGAAGCAAUCAUCACAAGAAUUUGGAACUUGAUUGUAAUAAAGGACAAAAUAUGAUAAAAUAAGAGAGUAAUUAUAUAUUUUUUCUUUCAGGUGUCCAGUUUGUCAUUUGGGAAAAGAGCAGUUAUUGAUUAAAGUUGACUAUGUAGUAUUUAAAUAUCCUGCAGCCUAAUUGAGAUGCAAAAUAUAUAAUGUUAUUUUGGAUUUAUGUAUGAAUUGUUUAAUGUAGUAUCUUAGGUUCCAUGUGUUUUCUUUUUCUUAUAGAUUAUUUCACAUAUUUUUUAUUGUGUUGUGUAGGAUCUGAAUUUGUUAAAUGCCCAUCUGCGUGGCAGUAAGAGAAAACUGAGUUGUGUUUUAAAUGUAUAUCCACUAUAAUGUGUAAUCACAGUAGUGCAAAUGGGGGAAUGUGGUGGAUGGGACGCGAAUAAAAUAAUUUUUGAACCAACCAUGUUCGACACAUCUGUGACAUUUACGAGAAAAAUUUUGUUGGCAAAACUUAACUGAAAUGAGCUUCAGAAUUUUAUUUUUCGAUAGGUGUUUAAACUAUUUCAUUGGUAAUGCUGUUAUUAUGUUUAUUUUUUUAAAGGCUUUAGUUUAAAAAUUUAUUUGUGCUCACUCGCAGUGGUGUUUACUUGGCAUAUUUUUCUCAAUUAUGUCGUUCCAAAAACCUAUAAACAUUGAUGGCUGUCGUUUGUUUGGUGUGUGUGUAUAAUGGCAAUAAACUUUUUUUGUGUGGGUAAAAAACGCUUGUAAAAUGCAUUAUUUUGUGAAUGCGUUGCACGUGUCAUGCUAUUCUGAUUUGUAACAAAUAGUUGUUGGCAUAAAGUAUUUUUUAGUUGUGUUAAAUUGCUGUUUCCAGUGCUCCUAAGAGGUUAUCGUAAAAGUUUGUGGUUGUGUAGCAGGGUUUUAAUAUUGCAUGCAGUAUAAAAAAAAAAGUGCUGGAUUUUUCUUCUUCUUCUUCUCAGAGUUUCUAUAUUUCUGUUCAAAAUAUAGAUACUAAAGAUACAGCGUAAACCAAUUCCAAAAGGCUAAUAUUGAUUUAUGAUUUCCCAUGACAAUUGUUAAAGUCAGAUGAUAUAAACAUUUACAUGUGUAUGUGUGUGUGUGUUUUUUUUUUCUUUUUAUUUAUUUCUUUUUCUUCUUAAAAUACUUCUUUACCAGUUUGUUUGAAUUAUUGACUAUGAAGUUAUUAGAUGUAUAAAUGUUCAAAAUUUGUCUUUAAUGAAAUUUUGAGCACUAUUUGCAUUCAAACUAGGACAAACAGAAUGAUACAAGAUUUUUAUAACCUAAACAACAUACCAGCUACAUCCAUCACAACACACAAUUUUUUUUAAAAAAUUAUUGGUAAAUCAGCUAAUAUAAAUUGACUCAAAAAAAUUUUCUGUGCAGCUUGGGUGGUGCAGUCUAUGUCCCGAUUUGAAGGGAGCCACAUAAAAACUUUAAAAAUUACAUUUCUUAAAAUUAUUUUUCUUAUUUUUUUUUUAAAUGAAACUAAGUUAUGUACUAUUUUUUUACUCUAAACCAUUUCUUAACACACGACAUGAAAACAAAUAUCAUCUUUUUUACUACUCUUCAAUUAGUCAGUGGUUAUAAGUAGUAAGUUACAUUAAUAACUGUGCAUUUAAUUCACUUGACUCUAAAUUCUAUCAUCUUGUUAGUGAGCACAUUAGCAAGUGUGUGUAUCAAUGGUCUAAACUUAAAAAAAUAUAAUUUCUGUGUCAGGGAUUUUUGAACAUAAUCCUGUGUACUAUUUGAAUUCUUUUUUUUGUUAGUUUAACUAUGCUGUUAAAGAUUUCUUGGUUUCUACUUCUUACUGCUAGCAAAAUUGAACUUUUAUUUUCUUGAGCAGCAUUUUCAAAUAUUAGUUUCUGUAGUUUUUAAAAAACUUUUGGAAUAAAUGUGAAAACCCUAAAAAUUUUUAUUUUAAAACAAAUAUUCAUGAGUACUGAAAACAAAAAAAAAAGAACAAGCGGAUGUUCAAAUACAUGUUGUAUUUUUGUCUUGAUGUACAUAUUACUUACAUUGUACUAUCUAACAAACUAAGGAUAGUUAGUGACACCUGCAUUUAGACAUGUUGGCCCUGCUGCAGAGAUCACAUACUGUCAGGCUCUCACAUUUCAAAUCCUAAUGACAAGAGAUGUCACUAGACUAGUUUCUACCCGGGGCAAGAACCCUUAUUUUCCAAAUCAACCAAACCUCUCCCGACAACAUCUCAUAUCUCCACCACAUAUUAAUUCCAUUAAUUCCAAAUAUUUUUUUAUUGAACUUAGAGGGUGAAUUAAUAGAUUUAUUUACAGUCUUUCAAAUUUUAAUACAGCGCCAGUUGGAUAGUACAAGAAAAAUACCAGUUUCUAAAUAUUUUACGAUAUACAUGUAUCUGAAUGUAUGUUUGUAUCUUUCAGUACAAAUAAUUAAGUUCAUCUGCCCACUAAUAUUUUUUUUUGUGUUGUAAUAUUCUAGUAAGUUUCUAUAGUAAAAUUUACUCUGCCAGCACUUCCUCCCCCCCCCCCCCCUCUCCAAAUGCAGCGCCCAUGGUACAAGCCCCAUCUGUCCCUUGUAGUUAUGUCCCUGCUAAUGACAGUUGGAGAAUGACCAAGGUUUCCACAGGUCAGAUUUCAUCUCCAGUUGCCUUUUACUAAAUACAUUUUUUUCUUCUUCUUAAAUUCAAUUUAUAGUUGCACGCUAAAUAUAAAUAUUUCGAAACUGUCCUCUUGAUCAUGUGGAAAUUAUAUCUGAAAAUUUUUUAGCUUUUUUACGAGGAAAUCUGUACAUUCCUGCGACUGUUAGAUCUAUUUAGGUGUUAUGUUUAAUUUUGCUUAUUGCAUAUAAAAUUGACUCUGUGAUGUAAAAAUGCUUUUGAAAGGUCCUGAAAAAAUAUAAAAUAUUCUUACAUUAUGCCAGUUUACUACACUCAUCUUUAGGAGUCCAAGGUGUAAUCUGUUUUAUGCCUAUGAUUGUGUUGCUUAUCAAUUCUCAGAAGUCUUCCAUUUUUCAGUUUUUUUUUUUGGUAUUUGAUUGUUUAAUCUCCAAUAGCUUGAAUUAAAUAUGAUUGUAACAAGUAAACCAUGAGUGACAUGAGUGUGUUGGUGCAUUUUUAGUAUUGUAGAUGUAGUUUUCAUGCAACUCAUAUUUAAUGAUAUAUUUGCUUUAUUUUUGUGAAGCAAUUUGUAAAAUUGAACCACUUUUUUUAAAACUUUGUAUUGAUUUACAGAAUAGUAUCUUUAUUGCAGUUGUGUGUGAAAAUAUAAUUUUCAAAAUAUCAUUCUUAUCAAAACACUUUGAAAAUAACAUAUUUGUGUGUAGUUCUGUACACAAUGCAAGAUAGUUGUUUAGACACAGUUGUAUGUUUUAUGUGCAUAUAUAGGGAUGAUGGUUUUUUUAACAUAUCUUAAAUGUAGAUGAAAUUAUUUCUUCGAAAAACUUUUAAGACAAACAGUGGACUUUAUUUGAAUUUAUUUACGAAUUACAGAAUCCUAUUGUUUCUGAAUGUUCAUAUAAAAGUCCAGAUAUUAUGAGGUUAAUAUAAUAAAACCAAGUUACACGUUUGAAGAGGAUGUAAAAAUUAUGCAAUGGCAUAGCUUAUGCUAGUAAAUACUCACCCAAAUAAUUAGCAAACUUGCUUGCAGAAUUCAGACACAUGAGAGAUUUUGGAAGUCGACAAUCCUGUUGAUUUGAAGUUGCUUUGCAGUAAUAAAUGACUAACAAUAAAAUCUUUUAUACAUAUUCAGAGCAUAAAUAUGUAUGUUUAAAACCAUUUUCCUUUUAAAAUUAAUAUGGUAGCAAGUUCAAUGUGCCAUAAGAAGAGAAGCCAAAACUGAAUGCUGCUCAUAAGUUAAGAAUUAGGUAGUGAGAAACUGUAAUUAUAUGUGUGUGAAUGUUUUAAGUUGUUACUUUAUGUACCAUAUGUACACUUGAAAACUUAAACUGAUAAAAUGUAUAACUUAAAUCUGACAUGUCUUCUCAUUUCCUAGUUUGGCAAUUCUAAAUGACAUAAAGCAGAAAUUAAAAUUUUAGUCCAUCACUGAACUCUUUUCUUUCACAUAAAAAGUUUUCUUUAUUCUUUUAUAUUUUCCUAUUUAACAAAUAUAUUUUGAAAUUUAAAGUUAUUUUUCCAUAUUAUGCUGCAAACUCGACUGAAUGGGUUAUUCGGAACAAAAAAUUGAAAAGGCAUGACAUUUUUCCUAAAAUGUUAUCCUACUAAGGAUGUUAUGGCACCCUUAAAUAUCAAGUUUAAAAAUGCUUUUAACAGUAGGAUUUUACAGAACAUAUUUUUUGAUUAAGCAUAAAAAAUAUACAAAAAUCAGUGUAUUGUCUUUUGGCAAAAAAUGAUUUCACACUUCCAAAACAGUGUUAGGUAAUAAAUUUUCAUCCCCUGUUUCCACAAAAUAGGGUUGGCACUUUUUCUUUUUGUAUUUAUAUUCUUAACAUUAGACUCAAAAUGAUUUAUAUUUUAGUACACUUUAUGUUCAAUUUUAUUUUCCUAAUUUUUUACUGCAAAUUGACUCCUUGUGUAAUUUGAUAACAAUGAGUUCCCAAUAUUUGUUUGGCUUUAGUAGUGAGUCUUCAUCUGAAAUGUCGUCAUUGCAUUAUCUUUGAAUCAACAAGAACUUACACUAUGUAUGAUUAGAUUUGACAUUUUUAAAUAUACUAACUUACAUAUUUUUUUCAAUAAAAAUUUUGUAUUUGUACUGUUAAUUUACUACAAACAGUUAUAUUGAUGUUAAGAAGAAUCCUCUAAUUUAUUGUUUUAAAAACAUUCCUAAGGUUUGAGUACAUAUAUAUUUUUAGUUUUAUUUUUUAUUGUUCCAAUAUUGUAUUUAAAAAGGUUAAAUUUAGGAAAUGAUUCACCUAUCACUUAGCAAACAUAAAUGUUAAACAUUCUGUGAGAUGUACACAUUUGCAUGUAAUGAAAUUAUAAAUCCUUUUAAGGACAUAUUCUUUUUUGUUGACAUGGAAGCAGAAUAUUGUAGUCUACUGUUGUAUAGCCUUGCUGUUAAAGGUUACCUUAAGUUUUGAAAUCUAAAUGAGAAUGUUUUUAAAAUUUUUGUACACAACAUUGAGAUUUUGAAACAUAGGAAAACAUAGACUUUAAAAGUUUUGUUGUAUAUAGAUGUCACUGUUUUUUUAAUGUUGAUUGUCUGCUUUAAUUAUUGACUAUUUAUAAGAUGGAUAAAAAGAAGUGAACUACUUUUGAAUAAUAAUGUAAAAAUAAAGAAUUUUUGAAUUUUUCAGAUACUUUUUUACUAAAAAUGUAUGGUGUAGUGAACAUAGAAAUUUAAUUUAUUAUGUUUCAUAUGUUGUUUGUAAUAAGUCUUAAAAACACACAUUUGAAUAGUAGUUUUCUUAGAUUAUUGUUAUGUGCUAUGAUUAUGUGUUUUAAUGUGCUGAAUCUUAAAACAAUGUUACUGUCCAGGUGAUGUAAAUGCUCUCUCUCUCUCUCUCUCUCUCUCUCUGGUUA